CAAUUAACUCCUAAAUUAACCCCUGUUAAGAUGUCCCUUGCAAAUCCCUUCAACCUGAGAAUCUGAACCUGGCACCGAACCUUACAGAUGAUCUCCUCAUAGUUGUCAGUGCUCCCCGAUGGCAUAUGCUGAGCUGGGUAAUGUCCUGGUCUAAGCUUGAACAAUCUUGUUUAAAUCUUCUCAAAGAUCCAACUCUCAGGGAACCCAUAGAGGACCUCAAGUAUCUGAAUAUAGACUAUACUCAGUUUAACGGAUGGAGCUCAGAUGAAGAGGUAACAAUAUAUACUGGUAUUGAGAAGGGAUAUGAGAAGUGGUUACUGGAUGGACCUGAUAGUGAUGAUGGCAAGAUAAGUGAGAAGGAAGCUUCAAGUGAUGAAGAGUUUGAUCACUCAAUUGAUUUUGAGAACUACAAUGAUCCUGACAAGUAUUUAGUACCAGAGGACUAUCUAAGAAACUUCAAGCCAGAAGAGAAUACUAUGAAGGCCGAGGAGUUAGAGAAGAAAGAAGACAAUGAAGAGACAAAAAUGGAUGUUUGUCAAGAUAAGUUGACCGCAGGUGUAAAAAGUGAUGUCCAAGAAGACUCCCAAGAGUCUCCGAAUGAUCCUGCCGCAGAAACCAAAAUGGAAAAAAGAUCCUCUGCUAAAGAUAAAAAAUCCGGGAAACAACCUGAGGAGAAAUCCGCCAAGAAGAGAAAAGCUGACAGCGAGAUUAAUCCUGAAGUCCUUUUGGAUGAAUUUUGCAAAGAAAACCCUGAUUCGCCAAUGGUAGGAAAACCUGAAACAAAAACAAUGGAAGUAGACAAGUAGAUUGACCAUGGAUCACAAAAAAAAAGAUUUUAAAUAUAUUUUUACAAUUUACAUUUUCAGA